AUGCCCCAUCCCCACAAGGUGUCCACCCAACAAGCUCACAGCUUCCGGAAGAAGCGACACGUCCAGCAACACUGCCCAGCUCUGCAGGAGGGCAGGAGGCCAGGUCCAGCAGGCAACCUCGGACCCGACAAGCCCAAAGGAAGCUGCUGGUCAAACCUCAAAGGCAGCAGCAGGCCGAGGGGCCCAGGUUUCUUCCUGGGAAGGCUGCCCAGUUUCACAAAACGGACGGCCCAGGAGGCCCCAGGCCUGCCAGUGGGACGGGGGGCACGGCUGAGCCCUCGCCUGGGCCUCGGCGUGCCCGCUCCCCGGGGACCCGAGGCGCUCAGACUCCACUCUGCAGCCUGGUCCCAGGUCCACACUCUCCCAGAAACCGCCGACCUGGGAGUCCGGGUCCCAGAGCCCUGCGGUGGCCCGCCCCCAAGCCCCGGCCGGUGCCCAAGGGGACCUUCUCCUGAAACCCGGCCCCCUUCCCUCCGCCAGCCUGGUGUCCCUCCUGCCCCCACGCCAGAGGCCCCCAGCUCGGGCCGGAGCCCCCGCCCCAGGUCGGAGCCCCCGCCCCAGGUCGGAGCCCCCGCCCCAGGUCGGAGCCCCCGCCCCAGGUCGGAGCCCCAGCUCCAGAGCCGCCGCCCGAAGCUGCAGCCCCCCCAGCUCGGGCCGGAGCCCCCGCCCAGCUGGGAGCCCGCGUCCCGGGAGGAUCCUGCCCGGGGGCCCUAG